CUGCUGCACGUCGCGCCGAUGGCGGCGGUGACCGACCGCCACUUUCGCAUGCUCAUCCGCUGCGUCAGCCCGCUGCCGACGCUGUGGAGCGAGAUGACCUGGGACACCGUCGCCAUCGAGACGGUGGACGCCGAGGCGCUCAUGGGGUUCUCAGCGGCGGAGCGGCCCGUGGUGCUGCAGCUCGGCGGCAGCCAACCCGAGCGGCUCGCGCGCGCGGCGGCGCUGGCGGUCUCGCGCGGGUAUCAGCACAUCAACCUCAACUGCGGCUGUCCGGCGGGCACCAACGAGUGGCGAGCGUGCUACGGCGCCAGGCUGAUGCUCGACCCGCGGCUCGUGGCGACGCCGAGCAGAUGGGCGCGGCGCCGCCGACCGUCCGUCAAGUGCCGGCUCGGCGUCGACGGCCGCGAUUCGUACGACGGUCUCGUGGAGUUUGUGCGUCUCGUCUCGGGCGAGGGCGGUGUGCGCGUCUUCAUCGUGCAUGCGCGCGUGGCGCUUCUCACCCUCAACGCGGCCGCCAAUCGAACGGUGCCGCCGCUCGACCACGAGCGCGUCCUCCGGCUCGCGGCCGCCUUCCCGCACCUCACCUUCAUUAUCAAUGGCGGCGUCACCAGCCUCGAGCAGGCGGCGGCGCUCAUCGCGCGUGGCGUGCGCGGCGCGAUGAUCGGCCGGCAGUCUGUGACGGAGCCGUACCUGUUUGCGCGCUCGGCGGUGCUGAGUGGCGGCGGAGGCGCGGCGCGCAGCCGGCGGGAGGCGCUCGACCUCUACCUGACCUACGCAUCGGAGGCGCAGGCCGCGAACUGGGGCGGCGGCCACCCCGUCACACUCGCCCGCGCGCUGCUUGCACCCAUCAGUGGUCUCUUUCACGCCACGGAGAGCGGGUCGAGGUGGCGGCGCGCGGUGCGCGCGGCCAUGCAGGAGCGCGGGCGGCUGCGCGACUGCCCGAUUGCAGACAGUGGCGGACGCGCUGCUCGACGACCGCCCUGCGGUGGCACUGCGGCACUCGCCGCCCGACGCACCGUCGCGCGCCGAGGACGAAAGUGA